UAUUUUUUGAUAUUUCUACAUAUCUUUCGCAUAACCUUUUUAAGGAUAAAGUGCAAUCCAAAUUUAUACAAUUAAAUAUAAAUUUGCGUGGACGUGAACCUCCUUUGGAUAUGAAAUCAUUUCGAUCUAUCAUAUUACAAUUUAAAAGAUGAGAUGGUAGUCGGCGACGUAUCUUACAUAUCGGAAGUAAGAGAUCUAAAUAAUCCCGAGAUCGUUGAAUCGCGACAAAGAUAUUUUUUGGAAAAGCGUCACGGUUUUGAAGCCAAAAGUCUCAAUUUUGAUAUAGAGUACCAUUUGAAAAACUUCCACCUUGAUGCAUUCAAAAACUAUUGCCAUCUACCCACUUUCAGCAAAGAUGUCUAUCAUAUCCAUACUCCUUACUUUGACUCUUUCAAUCGUUCUGAAUUGGUAGUAAAGAAUAAAUCGAAUAUCGCUGGUCAUAAAAAUCUUGAAUCUUCACCCGAUAUUGCCACCGAAAGCCUAGGCAUUUUUUGCGGGAAAAAUGACCUUAAUUCUUUUACCCCUCGAGAGCGUGUUCUCCCAAUUAUUUCUAAUUCCGAUGUAGAAAAUAGAAAUUAUAUAAAUCAUUUUCCUCCUAAUGAAUACGAAUUCGCCCUGAAAAGGCUUUAUAAAAUGAGUUCGGAUAGUUUAUUCGAGGAUGAAACAGUUGUUCUUAUCAGAACUGAUGAAAUGGCGCUCGACUUAUCAGAGAUAGAUCGCUUGGAAGGAAUGAAUUGCCGUAUCAAGGUCGUCAAGAAAGUAAAGAAGAAGAAAAGGUCGCAGGCAAGGAAAAGGGGACAUGAUAAUCUUUCCCUUUUAGGGAAAGAUACCGCGUUCAAUGCUUCUGAUAACCCCCCUCACCCCGAACUUUCUUCGGAAGAAUACAACGGAGGGAAACAAGUCCCCGCCUCCUUAAGACAGUCCUUAAAAGACGACGGUUCAACAAUUAAUUUAAAAAAUGGCGUUAAUGGCUACCGGGAUUUUUCUCGUUACACUUACCCAAAAAGUAAAGUUAAAAAGCCACCGAAAACGCUAAAGUUGGAAGAAAUUACCUCUUAUAACGAAAAUAUCACGAACAAGGUUGUCAACCAAAUAGAAAUGGGCAUUACCAUGGAAUUUGAAGAUCCUAGUAUUAAUCAAAGUCGGCUACCCCUCUCACCAUCUCUCAUGACAAACUCCCUCAAUGACGUUAAGAUCGAUAAAUUUUUGAAGAGGUGUUCUUCCCGGGUCAGGACACCGCUUUCACCCAGGUUAUUUCAAAAAUCGAAAAAUGAUCGGAAGACCAUAACCAAAAUUCCAAUCAGUCUAAGUCACGAUUUAUAUUCGCAAACUAAUAUAGGAAGUACAAGUGUAAAUAUUUUUUCUUAUCCUCGUCGCAUAAUCGCAAUUGCUAAAGAGGCAGAUCUCAUUCCUAAUUUACCGAUACUCAAACGGUAUCGAGUUCCCACAAAAAAAAUUUCUUCUGUCUUUAAAAAUGACGAUAAAAAUCUAGCGAAAACGGCUGAAAAAUUGCCGGAAAACUUAAAAUCAAAUAUUGAAAUCGGAAAAAAUGUUGAAUCUAGCUUGUUAGUGCGAAAAAUCGAGAUCAGAAAAAAGAGUCAUUCGUUCGAAAAAUACAAACCCUAUAAACACCGUCGAUUUCCUUCAGAAAUUCACUCCAAUGGUUUUAAUCUAGAUAGCGUUAAUAUUAAAAAUGACAUCGUUACGUCUACAUCUAAUUUAUAUAAUAUCAAAAAUAAGACUUCAGUUUUUAAAAAUUACAUUUCUGGUGAUUAUUUUUGCGACGCCACAAUGACAGUACCAUCCAAAAAUAUAUCGACUAUCUCCAACGGGCAGAAUGUUUACAUACGCGAUGGAAGUAUUACAACGUUUCAAAAAUCUAAAAUCGACAAAAAAGAUAAGGAAAAUACGCAUGACAGAACUUUUCCAGUUUUUAAAAAUGGUUGUUUUUCAUACGUUAAAUAUUUCAAUGCCCAAAGAUCAAAGUUGAAAUCGAAUAAUACCAAUAUUUUUAGGGCAACAUGUGAAAUCAAUCGUGUCCACAAUUAUCCUAGGAGCACCGAAGUUAAAGAAAUCGAUUUAUCAAAACAAAUUCAUACAAAAAAUGUUAAUUUGCUAAAAAUCUGUACCUUGUCAACUACAACGAAUAAAUUGAAUUUAAACAACUUCCCUAAAGAUUUAUCGAACAUCAUUAAAUCUCCGCUAUUAAAUUUUAGUGCCAAAAAUUUGGACCAUAUAUUCGACGAGUUAGAUCAAGUUAUCAGAGAAUCAAUCAGCAAUAUUAGCGAUAAUGUGGUAACAGAUAAGUGUAUAGAAUUUGAAAAAAAUUUGUCAACCCAAUUUGAUGAUCAAUUUAAAAAUAAUUCUGAUAAAAGAUCACCCAAAAUUUUUUUAUUUUACGAAUCAUCAAAAAUAGAACCCAACGUACCAACUAACAUCAAUAUCGAUAGCAACAUCGUUUCACUUAUAUCUGGAGAACUCACGAAGGAAGAAAGAGAAUAUGAUACUUUUGAUCUUUCUAACAAUUUUCAUAUGAAAGAUUCAAAUUCAGUCUACUCUUCCAUUGCGGAACCUGUUGGCCUUUCUCAAAACUGCUGCACUUUAGAAAUUAAAAAUGACCCAAGUUACGUAAGCAAUUAUUUGACAUCAUCUUAUCCCGUUUUGGAUAAAUUAUCAUACACUUUUUCAAAGUUAAAAGAUCAAUCGAUAUCAUCCGGUUUACCAUCAUUUCCUAUCAUGAAUGUCAAUGAAUUCAAUACUGUAGGCACUAAUUCAUGGAAUAAUAAUGGAACCACGGGAUCAUCUAACAUCAGCAUUACAGCUCUUCAAAAGACUUCGCUCGCCUCGUCAAAAAUCAAAUUUGUAAACUAUUUCGAUAAAAAUUAUUUUAACAACUACUGUGGAAAUUAUAAAAAUAACCCAAAUUCAAUUAAUGACACCUUAAAAUAUGCUACCUUAAAUAAUAAUUUUCUUGUGAGCGAUAUUAAACCGUACAAUAACGAUUCAUAUCUUAUCGGGCAUAGUAAUUCAUUAACAAAAACUUGGAGACCCCCUUCUAGACAAUUUGAUCUGAAUAAUAGGAAAACCUCUACGGGAUUAUACGUCAUAUUAGACCAAAUUGACAAAUACCCAUUAACACACACCCUCCCUAACAGUCUUAAAAUGGGGAACACCCAAAAUUUGCAAUCUAGGAUAUCUUUUAAUAAUCCUAAUGUUAGACAACUUCGCAAGGAUGAACUCUCGCACACAUUUUUCCAAAUGCGACUUAACUCUGCUAACAAUACGUUGUUUUCAACCUCAAACAGUGUUUUAAUUGGUAAUAAUAUGGUGACCUCCUCUCAGCUCAGUUCGAUCAUGUGGCGUCCUAAAAGUAACACGCCCGCCAAUCACACCUAUAAAAACUCAUCUUUCAAUAAUGAGUCCAAUCAUUUCAAUAAUGCGAUACAUCAAAUCGACUAUGUCCCCCAAAAAAGAUGGCACCCCAGCUCGACCCUUCCUUAUAAAGAUGUUGCGAAGCAAUCCAAGCAGAAAGAUGACGAUCUUGGCUCCAUCAUAAACGACCUCUGUAAACGAUUGAAGGAUGCAAAUAAAUCUCUCGGCCAAGUGCAUGGUUUACACUAUAAUAUGAACCCUUUAUUACAAUGAAUCGAACACAAAUAAAAGGAAUUUUCCCACAUCGAUUUUUUAUAUCCAUCUUAAUUUUAGGAAAUAUUCAACAAUUUUUUUUGUAAUAACUUGCCACCACAUAUUUUACUAUUUUCUGAUAUACAGGUCAAUUUUUUCUGAAUAUUGCCCUUUAUCAUCGAAUUAGCUUUAGGUGUAAUAUAGUCAGAUAUAUAAAAAUAAUAUAUACGCGAAUAUCAACUGAUUAUAUCAUAAUUCCUACUCCUAGUAUCCAUUAUUGUGUUACUAUUUAAAAGAAACAGAUCUUAAAACACGUAUUUAUCCCAUGUACUGGAUUUCAUCGCUUCAAAGCAUAUUCCUGAUUCUGUUACA